GCUCAAUCAUGACCAACUGCUGACUCGCAGCUGCCCUGAUCCCCACAUCGUCGACUCUUCCUGGCUGCUCGGACGCUUUCAGGCUGCAGUCCCAGAGGCACCGAGAUGGGCAACCAGCCAUCCACCGCCAAGGAGAAUCGGCUCACCGCCGAGCAGAUAUAUCAAUACUCGCGCCAGUUCGAGCUCAACAUCGCCGAGAUCGAGUUCUGCCACCAGCGUUUCCUGAAGCUCUCGCCCGUGAACGACCAGCGAGCGCUCCCCGAGGGCUCGGAGCAGGUUGACUGGCUGCUGACUCGGGUACGCUGCGUCGGCCGAGUCGUGCGCUGAUUGUUCUUGGUGGCCGCCCCGCUGACACGCGAGGCCAGGUCUUUGCCCAGCUCUUUGGCGGACAAAGGUCCAUAUCGUUUCCGCAAUUCAUGGAAGCAGUUCGUUCGUGGAGCACGCAUCGCAUCGAAACCAAACUGGAAUUUUUCUUCAAGCUCUUGGACUACGAUGGAGACGCCGUCAUCAAGAUAUGCGAUCUGACCGUCCUGAUCCAGCAGAUUCUCGAUUACAAUUUCAAAGUUGGUGAUCGUGUCCGGAUACGGAGCAGUCAAAAAGUCGGGACGCUGGAGUAUAUCGGGCCAACCAAGUUUGCGCAAGGUAUCUGGGGCGGACUCCGACUCGAUAGUGCAGACGGCAAAAACGAUGGCACUGUCAAGGGUGUUCGAUACUUUACCUGCGAGCCGCAAUACGGAAUAUUUGUGGCCUAUCCAAACCUCGAGCUGAUGGAGCACGUGGCAAUGGCAAGAUCGAUCACGGAUCCAUUUCAGGGCAUGCAAACGGACGCCAUCACCAUGGCCGAGUUUGUCGAGACUUUGGCCCAAGACCGAAUGGUGCGCGAGCUUCUUGGCAAGCCGAUACUUCCAACUGUGCUGCGCGGAAAUGGCGGACGGACGGGGAUGCCAGUCGCCGGGGUCGUGCAAAAAUAGAGACGGCGAUCAAUUGGCCACGAGUGCAUGCCGGUCGAGCGCGAGCGACGGCGAGAUGGUGGUGGUGGUGGUGGUGGUGGUGAUGGUGGUGGUGAUGGUGGUGGUGGCGGUGGUGAUGGCUGAUCUGGC